CCUGGUGAAGAAUGUGAUGGGAGCAGUAGCAUGUCUGCGGAGAGCGGCCCUGGGACGAGACUGAGAAAUCUGCCAGUAAUGGGGGAUGGACUAGAAACUACCCAAAUGUCUACAACGCAGGCCCAGGCCCAACCCCAGCCAGCGAACGCCGCCAGCACCAACCCCCCGCCCCCAGAGACCUCCAACCCCAACAAGCCCAAGAGGCAGACCAACCAGCUGCAGUACCUUCUCCGCGUGGUGCUCAAGACGCUAUGGAGACACCAGUUCGCCUGGCCUUUCCAGCAGCCUGUGGAUGCCGUCAAGUUGAACCUCCCUGAUUACUACAAGAUCAUCAAGCAGCCAAUGGAUAUGGGAACAAUAAAGAAGCGCUUGGAAAACAACUAUUACUGGAAUGCUCAGGAAUGUAUCCAGGACUUCAACACUAUGUUUACAAAUUGUUACAUCUAUAACAAGCCUGGAGAUGACAUAGUCUUAAUGGCAGAAGCUCUGGAAAAGCUCUUCUUGCAGAAAAUCAAUGAACUGCCCACAGAAGAAACUGAGAUUAUGAUAGUGCAGGCGAAAGGAAGAGGCCGUGGGCGGAAAGAAGCAGGGACGGCAAAACCUGGCAUCUCUACGGUACCGAACACGACCCAAGCAUCGACACCACCGCAGACCCAAGCCCCUCAGCAGAACCCUCCGCCCGUGCAGGCCACGCCUCACCCCUUCCCCACCGCUGUCACUCCUGACCUCAUCGUCCAGACGCCCGUCAUGACAGUGGUGCCACCCCAGCCCCUGCAGACGCCCCCACCAGUGCCCCCGCAGCCACCACCCGCACCUGCUCCAGCUCCCCAGCCCGUGCAGAGCCACCCGCCCAUCAUUGCAGCCACCCCACAGCCUUUGUUGAAGACAAAGAAAGGAGUGAAGAGGAAAGCAGACACCACCACCCCCACCACCAUCGACCCUAUUCACGAGACACCCCUGCUGCCCCCAGAGCCCAAGACCACCAAACUGGGCCCCCGGAGGGAGAGCAGCCGGCCUGUGAAAGCUCCCAAGAAAGAGGCGCCGGACUCCCAGCAGCACCCCACGGUGCCGGACAGGAGCAGCAAAGUGUCGGAGCAGCUCCGGUGCUGCAGCGGCAUCCUCAAGGAGAUGUUCGCCAAGAAGCACGCAGCCUACGCCUGGCCCUUCUACAAGCCCGUGGACGUGGAGGCGCUGGGCUUGCACGACUACUGCGACAUCAUCAAGCACCCCAUGGACAUGAGCACCAUCAAGUCGAAGCUGGAGGCCCGCGAGUACCGCGACGCUCAGGAAUUUGGUGCUGAUGUCCGAUUGAUGUUCUCCAACUGCUACAAGUACAACCCCCCCGACCAUGAGGUGGUCGCCAUGGCCCGAAAGCUCCAGGAUGUGUUCGAGAUGCGUUUUGCCAAGAUGCCGGAUGAGCCCGAGGAGCCUGUGGUGGCUGUAUCCUCCCCUGCGGUGCCGCCUCCCACAAAGGUGGCGACUCCCCCCUCCUCCAGCGACAGCAGCAGUGACAGCUCCUCUGACAGUGACAGCUCCACUGACGACUCGGAAGAGGAGCGUGCCCAGCGGCUGGCCGAACUCCAAGAGCAGCUCAAAGCCGUGCACGAGCAGCUCGCGGCCCUCUCACAGCCCCAGCAGAACAAACCAAAGAAAAAAGAGAAAGACAAGAAGGAAAAGAAGAAAGAAAAGCACAAAAAGAAAGAGGAGGUGGAGGAGAGCAAGAAAAGCAAAGCCAAGGAGCUUCCACCCAAAAAGACGAAGAAAAACAACAGCAGCAAUAGCACCGCCAGCAAGAAGGAGCCGGCGCCCACGAAGAGCAAGCCCCCACCCGCUUAUGAGUCGGAGGAGGAGGACAAGUGCAAGCCCAUGUCGUACGAGGAGAAGCGGCAGCUCAGCCUGGACAUCAACAAGCUGCCGGGUGAGAAGCUGGGCCGCGUGGUGCACAUCAUCCAGUCCCGUGAGCCCUCGCUCAAGAACUCCAACCCUGAUGAGAUCGAGAUAGACUUUGAGACGCUGAAGCCGUCCACGCUGCGUGAGCUGGAGCGAUACGUCACCUCCUGCCUGCGCAGGAAGAGGAAGCCUGCAGCUGAGAAGGUGGACGUGAUGGCUGGCUCCUCCAAGAUGAAGGGCUUCUCGUCCUCGGAGUCAGAGAGCAGCAGCGAGUCCAGCUCCUCUGACAGCGAAGACUCAGAAACAGACAUGGCUCCAAGGCCCAAAAAGAAGGGGCGCCCUGGGAGGGAGCAGAAGAAGCAUCACCACCACCACCAUCCGCAGAUGCAGCCGGCCCCACCCCCUGCACCCCAGCAGCCCCCAGCAGCCCCCCAGCAGCCAGCAGCAGCCCCAGCUCCCCAGCAGCAGCCGCCGCCACCACCGCCACAGCAGCAGGCGCCACCGCCGCCAGCACCGCCCCCGCCCUCCCUGCCACCGCAGCCGGCGCCCACCUUGAAGGCAUCCCCGCCGCCCUUCAUCGCUACCCAGGUGCCCGUGCUCGAGCCCCAGCUCCCGGGCAGUGUCUUCGACCCCAUCAGCCACUUCACCCAGCCCAUCCUGCACCUGCCGCAACCCGAGCUGCCCCCCCACCUGCCCCCGGCGCCCGAGCACAGCACUCCGCCUCAUCUCAACCAGCACGCGGUGGUCUCCCCGCCAGCUUUGCACAACGCGCUGCCCCAACAACCGUCGCGGCCCAGCAAUCGAGCCGCUGCCCUGCCCCCCAAACCCUCCCGGCCCCCAGCCGUGUCCCCAGCCCUGACCCAGCCCCCCCUGCUCCCGCAGCCUCCCCAAGUGCUGCUGCAGGAGGAUGAGGAACCGCCAGCCCCACCCCUCACCUCCAUGCAGAUGCAGCUGUACCUGCAGCAGCUGCAGAAGGUGCAGCCGCCUGCCCCCCUGCUCCCUUCCGUGAAGGUGCAGUCCCAGCCCCCACCACACCCCUCUGUGCAGCAGCUCCCGCCCCCACCUCCCCCCCAGCCGCAGCCACCACCCCCGCCACAGCACCAGCCCCCUCCCCGACCCGUGCACCUGCAGGGGCUGCCGUUUCCCACACACAUCCAGCAGCCCCCACCACCGCCCGGCCCGCAGCCCCCACACCCGCCGCCCGGCCCGCAGCCACCACCGCCCGCCAAGCCGCAGCAGGUCAUCCAGCACCACCCCUCGCCUCGGCACCACAAGUCGGACCCCUACUCGGCAGGUCACCUCCGAGAAGCCCCCUCCCCGCUGAUGAUACAUUCCCCCCAAAUGCCGCCCUUCCAGGGCCUCACUCACCAGUCACCACCUCAGCAAACUGUGCAGCCUAAAAAGCAGGUACAGGGCAGGGCGGGCCGGGGCCGGGGCCGGGGGUGCCCGCCCACCUCACCUGCCGCGGUGCCUGUGCCCACGCAGGACCUGCGUGCUGCACCUGUGGUCCAGCCCCAGCCCCUGGUGGCGGUGAAGGAGGAGAAGACCCACUCGCCUGUCGUCCGCAGCGAGCCCUUCAGCCCCUCACUGCGGCCAGAGCCCCCCAAGCACCCCGAGAACAAGGCCCCCGUGCACCUGCCCCAGCGGCCAGAGAUGAAGCCCGUGGAUAUCGGGAGGCCAGUGAUCCGCCCCCCUGAACAGAACGCAGCCCCUCCUGGGGCCUCUGACAAGGACAAGCAGAAACAGGAGCCCAAGACACCAGUUGCCCCCAAAAAGGACCUGAAAAUCAAGAACAUGGGCUCAUGGGCCAGUCUAGUGCAGAAGCCCCCGUCCACCCCAUCGUCCACCGCCAAGGCGUCUAGCGACAGCUUCGAGCAGUUCCGCCGUGCCGCCCGAGAGAAGGAGGAGAGGGAGAAGGCCCUGAAGGCCCAGGCCGAGCAUGCCGAGAAGGAAAAGGAGCGGCUGCGGCAGGAGCGUAUGAGGAGCCGAGAGGACGAGGAUGCGCUGGAGCAGGCCCGGCGUGCUCACGAGGAGGUGCGCAGGCGACAGGAACAACAGCAACAGCGGCAGGAGCAGCAGCAGCAGCAGCAGGCAGCGGCCGUGGCAGCGCCCCAGGCCCAGAGCUCCCAGCCCCAGUCCAUGCUGGACCAGCAGCGGGAGCUGGCGCGGAAGCGGGAGCAGGAACGGAGGCGCCGAGAGGCGAUGGCAGCUACGAUUGACAUGAAUUUCCAGAGUGAUCUCUUGUCGAUAUUUGAGGAGAAUCUUUUCUGAGGACUUUGGACUUUGGUUUUCUGGCAAAGCGUUGACUGUCCAUAGUGUUAGCAGCGGCCAGGGCCACGUCCGGGUCUGGCGUUCCUGCAUGCUGUGCCCGGGGCAGGCCUGCCGGGCAGCCGGGGACGGCGGAGCCUGUCUGCCUUACCGCCAGCAGACGUCCCUCCAACCCGCCGCCCUCACGGACGUCUGCUCAGAGCAAGUGCCGGCCGGACCCAGCCCGCACCCGGCGUCUGGGACUGGCCCGUCUCGUCGCCAAAUGUCCAGUGUACACAGGAUGCUGCCACCGCCACCCGACUGGUUUUCCAUCCCCAAGAAAGUGACGUCUGUGAACGUCCCGCCCGUAGGAGGACGACCCCACCGGCCCAGCCCUCGCUGGCACUGACUUUGCCUUGAACAGCCCCACCCCGCCCUCCCCACAAGCCUUUAAUCGAGAGCCGCUCUCUGUAAGUGUUCGCUUGUGCAAAAGGGAAUAGUGCCGUGGAGGUGUGUGUCCAUGGCCGUGCAGAGCGAGGUGACUCACGUGUGGGCCGGUCCCCCGGGGAAGCGGCCACCAACCAAAGUCAGUUCCUCCCUUCCUGUGUUUCUGGCUCGUAGGGUUUUUUUGUUGUUGUUGUUGUUUCUUUUUCGUUUUUCCCUAUAUAUAUAUUUUUUGUUGUUGGACUAUUUUUAUUUUUAACUCUUCUAGACAAGUUGGCACUGCUUCUCUCUGCAAAGGUUUGAUGGGGACGUCCCCUCCUGGGGCGGCGGCUGCCACUGCCGUGGUUCAUGUGAGCGUGGCUGUCCUGUGUAGUGAACGUAGUGGGCAUCUCUGUUGGACGUCUGUCGGGGGCUCCACCAAACUGGUGUAAAAAGAAACUCGGAAACCCCACAAAAAUAACAAAAUGCGAAAUGGGGGGUGGGGGGACUCUAUAUUUUACUCAGUUUCGAACUUUAUUAAUUUUUAAUUAUGAACCAGACUGUUUUCUCCACCACCCCCAUUUGUUGGCCUUUGUUCUUUAACGUCAGGUCUGUUUUUAAGUUUUGUGUGUUUUUUUUUAACCAGGAAAUAAAGGGCCUAGGUGGGUGCUGGGGUCACAUACCAGUGCCCCCCCCCCAGCCAGAUGACCUCCCCUUGUUUUUUAAUUUUAUAAUCGGAGCCCUGAGCAAGGUUAGCCGUGCCAUGAGAACCCACACCCACAACGCUGGUGCCUCAGUGUUGGCCAUACUCUGGAGUUGCUCACUGGUGUGACUUUUGAUGGUGAAGAUGCAUUUUGUCUGUACUGAUCAUGGAAUAAACACAUCUCUCUUUUGUAA